AUGUCCCCGGUACCGUUGGUCUACCCAAAGCCUACCUCCGAAAUUCUAGGUCCCCCAAAUCUUCCCAGAUACGCCUAUCCAGGAAUACCCGUUGAUCUUUCCUCUGUAUAUCCACCUCCUGAAGCACUGCAGAAACCAAGUCUCCCUGCGGGUCAGAGAAAACCUAUAUGGGGCGAUGACAAUCGUAUUCCAUACACUUUGACUACGCACAUCGUCCCGGCCGCAUAUCUCCGUGAAGAUGAAGAUAUUGUGUUACCUGAUACUCCAACUGCGGACGAGACCAUGACCAAGGAGGAAAGGAAGGUUUGCAUACAGAAGGCUGAAUCGAAACUCCGGGAAAUUCGAAGAAAGUACGAAAAUGAAGGCAGGCACCCACAGCAUAAAGCAUUGUGGUUGUGUCUGAACAGAUACGCUCGUACGUCCACACACACGGCGAAAGGGGGUUUCACGUUGUUCUUCGCGCACGCGAAUGGCUUCCAUAAAGAGACUUGGGAACCGACGAUCCUAUCACUAUUGUCGUCACAACAGUCACAAUCAUGUGUUCAAGAGAUCUGGGUAUGGGAAGCAUGCAAUCAUGGCGAUUCUGCGCUGCUCAACAUUGGGAAGCUCAAUAGCUUGAGUACGUUCAUACACACAAGGUCCGCUGCCCGGGAUCUUCUGAAUUUUCUCAUCUAUUAUCUACCAUCAACACCUGCCUUGUUCCCACUCCCAACACACCUUCCUCGAGUCGCGCAAUCUGAAGCGCAGCGUAGGAUCCAAAACGGAUUUACUUCGCAUGACAGUCCCCGAAACCCCAUAUGUGCCGUUGGUCAUAGUUUUGGAGGUGCAAUUUCAACUCUCGCAACAAUAUCGCAUCCAUCGCUUUUCACUUCCCUUUUUCUCGUUGAUCCUGUUAUCACAUAUCCGAACCCAGAGUUCUAUUACACGCCCAACUCGUUAGCCUUAGGUGCCUUGGGUCGACGCGGGUCUUGGAACAGCCGAGAGGAUGCACGAAAAGGAUUUUUGGAAAGUGCUUUCUUCCGUGCUUGGGACCCGCGGGUUCUGGACCUGUAUGUUGAGUCAGCCUUGUAUCAGGAUCAGGUUAGGAUUCGACUCAAGACACCACCAAUACAAGAAGCUAUAGUCUUCACUGACGCAGGAACUGGCGCGCCGGAAGCAUGGGUGAGAUUAUGGAAGAAAGAGUUGGACCCUAGGAUCAAACUAAGGUGGGCUAUGCCUGGUCCAGGUAAGCCUGAUUUGGACUCACGGCACAACGCAACGCAAGAGCGUGUUUGGCUUUGCCCCGAGAAUUGCAGCAAUGUCCGCAUCGAGGGAUCUGGGCAUCUCAUAGCUCAGGAAAAACCAGCUCUACUUGGUAAAGAAAUUGCUCAUCACCUGGAGGAAAUGCUGCCGGCGGAGACCAGAGCUAGGUUGUAGUGUUAUUCCCUUGCGUAUGUGUCCACAGGCUGUGUGUGCA